AUGUCUAAAACCAAACAUUGCGAGGCUGUCAGGGUGGUGGUCCGCUGCCGGCCAUUCAGCAGGAGAGAGGCGACAGUGGGCUGUGAAAACAUUCUGCAGAUUGAUGACAGACUGGGACAGAUCACCCUCAAGAACCCGAAGUCACCACCUGAUGAGCCAAGGAAAGUAUUCACGUUUGAUUCUGUGUAUGGCUUGGAUUCAAAACAAAGAGACAUUUAUGAUGACGCCGUGAGACCUCUCGUGGAGUCCGUGCUCCAAGGCUUCAACGGGACUAUAUUUGCGUAUGGACAAACUGGGACAGGUAAAACACACACCAUGCAAGGGGUUUCAAACGACCCAGAGAUGAGAGGUGUUAUACCAAAUUCAUUUCAGCACAUCUUUACACAAAUAUCCAGAACUCAGAAUCAGAAAUACCUGGUGAGGUCAUCAUACCUGGAGAUCUACCAGGAGGAAAUCCGAGAUCUGCUGUGCAAAGACAACAACAAGAAACUGGAGCUUAAAGAAAACCCUGACUUUGGUGUUUAUGUGAAAGAUCUGUCCUCCGUGGUCACAAAGAAUGCCAAUGAGAUUGAACAUGUGAUGAACAUAGGCAACCAGUCCAGGGCUGUGGGGUUCACUAACAUGAAUGAACGCAGCUCUCGGUCUCAUGCCAUUUUUGUCAUAACUGUGGAGUGUAGUGAACUAGGGCCAGAUGGCGAGGACCACAUCCGUGUUGGGAAGCUCAACAUGGUUGACCUGGCUGGCAGCGAGCGCCAGAGCAAGACGGGCGCGAAAGGAAAGCGACUUAAGGAAGCAGCCAAAAUCAACCUGUCCCUCUCAGCACUGGGGAAUGUCAUUUCAGCCCUGGUGAAUGGGAAGAGCACCCACGUCCCUUACAGAGACUCCAAACUGACCCGCUUGCUCCAGGACUCACUGGGUGGCAACGCAAAGACGGUCAUGAUAGCAACAGUGGGGCCAUCGCACAAGAACUUUGAGGAAUCCCUGUCCACUCUGAGGUACGCCAGCCGGGCCAAGAACAUCAAGAACAAACCUCGGAUUAAUGAGGAUCCCAAAGAUGCCCUGCUGAGGGAGUUUCAGGAGGAGAUUGCCCGCUUGAAAGCCCAGCUAGAGGAGCGAGGGAUGCUGGCAAAGGAGAGGAGGAGGAGAAGGAACAGCAAAAGGCUGAGUAAAAGUAUGGCUGGCAUGGAAGAGGAGAUGUUCAGAGAGAGGGAUGCGGAUGUGUGGACGGCUUUCGAGGAGGAACCAGAGGUGAGACUUCGUAUGAAAGAUGGAAGUGAUAUCCCCAAGGCCCUGACCUGCCAGGGGAGCGGGGAGAAGUUAAAGCACCUGAUUGAAAACAGAAAAAGUAUACAGGACAUGCAGUGGGAUCAAGAUGCUUUGGAGAAGAUAAUUGAGAAAUAUAAGGCUAUGGAGAGCAAACUGUUAGUGGGAGGAAAGACUAUAAUUGAUCACACCAAUGAACAGCAAAAAAUGCUGGAGCUGAAGAGGCAAGAAAUUGCAGAGCAAAUAAGACGAGAGAGAGAGAUCCAGCAGCAGAUGAUGUUGCAGGACGAGGAGACCUUAGAAAUGAGAGAGACGUUCUCCUCCCUGCAGCAGGAGGUGGAACAUAAGACAAAAAAGCUGAAGAGGUUGUAUGCCAAACUCCAGUUGGUGAAGGCAGAGAUGACAGAUGUCAUUGAUGAACAUGUCCUAAUCAGACAGGAGCUGGAACAGACACAGACGGAACUCACCAGAGAACUCAAGUACAAAUAUCUCUUGAUUGAGAACUUUAUACCUCCAGAGGAAAAGAACAAGAUCAUGAACAGGCUGCACUUUGACAGUGAGGAGGAUCAGUGGAGACUCCAGCCGGUCAUUCCAUCGGAGAGUGCACCCACUCAGGUCACGAGAAGGCCUCUCUCAGCUGUGGGAUACAAGAGGCCAAUCAGCCAAUACGCACAGAUUGCUGUUUCCAAGGCAACUGGGGACCCAUCUAGAUACCAGGCUGAGAAUAUAAUGCUGUUGGAGUUGGACAUGUCUCCACCGACCAUGUUCAACUUGUCCCUUAAUGGCGCUCACCUGGAGAGAGCCUUUUCUCCCAGGCUGAUGCAGGAUCUUCUGGUAACUGUCCCCAUUAGAGAGCGGAGCACUGCAACGUCACGGGUCAGGAGAUCCCAAUCCUGGUAUCAGGCACCGCAAGCAGCAUCCAUUGCAUCAUCCUCAUCAUCCACCACUCUGACAUCAGGAUCUCCGAGUUUCUCUCCCUCUCAGAGACAAAGACCAUCCUCUGCUGCCUAUCUUCCACUGGGAGGUCCAAUUCAGUCAAGCCCCUGAUAUGUGUCAACACAACUGUACACAGGGCUGGCCUUAAUUCAAGCUGGCACAAAGGACUCCAGAUUUGCAUCUGGGAGACAUGGGGGGAAAAUCGUAUGCCUUGAUUUAAAAUUGAUUUCACACCUUUUUUGAACAAAAGAAUCACUUUAGUAAGCAUGUAUUCAACUUAACAGAAGAUAAACGUAAUUUUUGCCUACAGUUGCCUAAAAACACUGUAGUACCCAGUCUCAAAGAAUAGCACAGCCAAAACUAGGGAUGCACAAUAUAGAUUUUUUUCAGCCGAUACUGAUAACCGAUAAUUACCUGCUUCUCAUGGCCGAUAUCGAUAAGAUAACCGAUAAUUUUACAUUUUAGUUUUUUAAAAAGAAGUGCAUAACCUGUAGUUUAUGCACACCUAAGGGUGAGCAAAAAUGGGUGAUUUAAUAUUCCAUAGCGCUGACCUAACCACAUCUAACAUCACUGUUAACACAAUAAAAACAAAGAACAGUUAUUGGAAUAAUAUAUAACAAUAUACAUUUCCCAUUAUCAGACAAUAAUUUAUAGGUACCGAAUACCGAUAUAUAUCGUGCAUCCCUAGCCAGAAUGUAAUCAUUUGAAACCAGACAUAAAUAGUUUGGAGGAUCUUUACAGUACUUGUUUUUAAUUUGAGGGGGGGGCACCUGGUUUAGCCUGUAUGCUUGAUAAUGAAUUGUUGCUUCAAUUUCUAGCUGAUGUAAUUGUGAGCCAAAAAUGUUAAGAAAGUUUGCAAUGCUCUCUUGAUUAGUUGCCUUAUUUUUUCAUAGUUGUCAAAGUCCAUUUGCUUUCACAUGAGAAUAAACACUAAAAUGAUCUUAAA